AACCUUCAGAACACGGCCAAAGAGCCCGAAAAACCCACCACGGCCAUCACGUGCGACCUUCUUUGUGUGUUUUAAAUCUUUCCUGUGGCUGCUUGAGAGCGUCCCGAGUCAAUCUGGUUCCCCAUCUGUGUUACGGUUUUGGUUUUAUGUCUUCGUCCGCUCCUUGGUCUGCUGUUGGCCGCUCUCGUCUGCCUGCCCCCUGUGGGUUUGUCCACACACUCCUCUGUGAGCGCGGGGAGGAAGGGGGAACACAGGCCUCUGUGACGAGGCUGCCUCCCUCCAAAAGCUUCGGUGGUGACCGCAUCCACGCCUGUUCGACCCCUUAUUUAUUGAAGAGCCAAAAGUGAGCCACCCUCACUUUCCAUGUCUUGGAUUAAAAGCAUUUGCUUUCUUUGCGACUCUCUCUUGGCUUGUUCUUCACCCCACCCAUCCGCUCCUCCUCCUCCCUGACACGAACCUCCCUGAAUAUGGAUAUGGACGUGGCAGCAGCGUGGCUGGGAAGAGAUCCGCCGGCAGUCAGGAGGAAAAGUGGCCCCGGGGAGCCAUUGAGAGGCUGGGAGGAGGCGCAGGGGCUGAGGACAGCCUUGCUGGGCUCAGCCCUGUCUCGGCUGGCCUGCGAAGCACCAGUCCAAUAGGUGGCUGUGGCCGCCCACCUGGGGACCCCACGGUCCACUCUCCUCCUGUGAGACGUGAGAGGUUGUUUCCAAGCUGGGUUUCCCCUUUUCCCAGCUGGUCUCUUUUGCGGUUUUCUUGUCCUCACUCAGAGGUGUCACUGGUGGCCGGCGAGAAGUGGGACAGAGUCCCGUGAAUGUGUCGAGAAGCCCACGUGAGACCCGCUGUCUCCGAAGCGGACUUUCCUUUGGUGGAGGGCCCUUGUGCUCUGAAGGAGGAUCUUCGGCACCCUCCUCCUCCUCCUCCCUUUCCUGGCCAGUCUCCUCGCACAGCUCAGGGCGGGCGAGCUCUCCUCUCCAAGAGGGUGGGAGAAGCUCUUCCACUUUAUCAGUCCCUGAGUAACUAGCCCUUGCUGGGGCGGGGGGGGGCAGGCAGGGCUCCAGGGCCGGCUUCCGUUCUGGGGUCCCCCUCCCCGCAGGCAGCCCCAAAAGCUAACGAAGGAAGGGAAUGGACUCCCCGUGUGCCCACAGCCGAGGAGCCGCUGCUCGCAGGCUACGACCCGCAUGAAGGGGCUUUGCCACCUCUUUGCGGGCACUGAAGUUGCGCCACAGGCUCUGGCUGAUGCUGGCUUUUCUGCGGAGGGAGGCUGUGGGUCCCCCCAGGCGGUCUCUGCUUGCAGCCUCGUCUCACACUAACCUAAUGAAUGUAAACGUGAACCCUCGCUUGCUGCCACCUGGACACCCUCGGAAACCGGAUCGGUGGCCCCCAGGGAGCAGCCUCCUAAACUUCCAGACGGGCUGCAGCGGGGCCUGGCUGGCGGCCCCCGCGUAACCCAAUCCAGCCGUGGGAGGCCGGAGGAGAAGGCAACACCUUGUUCUUUGUCUUGGCCCCAGAGGAGAACUUCCUCUGGGGCUGGACCCCGCUCAGUUCACUCGGUCUCUUCUACCAGAGGACCGUCCUUCCAGCAGGAGAGGUGGAAGACCUCCGAGAUGUCUACUCGGAAGUCGCCCCCAGUCUGGCCGGCAGAGCCUUGGGGGAAAGGCUGCGGGGCUGGGACGGUGGACGACAGCCUCACCAGCCUGCACUGGCUUCAGGAGUUCUCCAUCCUGACAGCUGAUCCCGAGAAACCCUCCAUCUCCGGCCACCAGAGGCUCCUGCCAGGCUCGUCCACCCCUGCCAGCGCCCCCCAAGGGGACGUGUCCCCCGCCGCAGGGAAGCCCAUCUCCUCGGGCACCCCCUGCCUGCGGCUCCUUCCCCUGGCCCCCGUCGACUACCGGACGAACCGGCAGGUGAAGCCCCCCUAUUCCUACGCCACCCUCAUCUACAUGGCCCUGCGGGCCAGCCAAGAAGCCCGGCUCACCCUGGCCGCCAUCUACGCCUGGAUCCGGGAGAACUUCUGCUACUAUCGCUAUGCAGACCCCAGCUGGCAGAACUCCAUCCGCCACAACCUCUCCUUGAGCAAGUGCUUCCAGAAGGUUCUGCGCCAGAAGGAUGAGCCUGGCAAGGGGGGUUUCUGGCAAGUCAACCCCGAGUACGCAGCCCUGCUCGCCGAGGGGGUCUUCCGGCGGCGGCGGGGAGUGCCAGUCCUGUCCUCCGCUGGUGCCCAGCCAGGUGCGCCCUCUCCUGCGCAGACCCCUCCACAACAGGACCCGCCGCCCGGAGGGAGGCGCCAGCUGGGCAAACGCAAGCAGCCGCCAGGGGGCCGAGGCGCCGGGAGCUCCCCACCCUCUUCGCCAGCCCUGGGCCCAUCUCUGGCCGGGGAUCUUGGCUGGACCUCGGCGCUGGACAACGGCGACCCCUUCAGCAGCCCAGCCCAGAGCGACUUGGAGGAGGACCUGGAGCUGACCGCUGCCCUGGGCUCCCUUGCCCGGGGGGAAGAGGAGGCCGGCCGGCUGAGCCCAGAGGGUUCCCCCUCCUCUCCGGGCACCACCCUGGCCCACGCGGAGGAGCUGACUCUGGGCGCCGCUGGGGGGCCUUGGGGGGAAGGGCCGCUGGCCCCUCCGUGGGCCUUGGAGGAGGGGGCCUGCUUCGCGGAGAGCUUCCUGGCAGAGAUCCAGCACUGGGGGGUGUGAGUGGCCAAGGGGGGAAGCCCGCAGCACCCCCCCUUUCCUGGCCCACACAGCUCUUCCUGCUAAGGGGACAUUGGGGUGCAGGGGUGUUUAGCAAAAGGCCUAGACCCCCAAAGAGUGGGUGCAACAGAUUUUCCAUAGCCUGCAGCUGGCCGCUUAUCUGGGGGGGGGGGCAGGGGAGGGGGGGAGACCUGCAAGCUUUCCAGCCUUCAAAGGGGUAAGACUGCCGAAUCAGUCAGUCGGGGCAGAAGCCAUAAAAUUCCCCCCAAGUUCCUCACAGAUCUGGAUUUUGGCACCAUUUCUUAAAUACAUGCCAAUGUUUCUUGA